ACUGAGCAGCCUUGCCCCAGUUUUUGCAGCUGGUCCUUUUCUGACCGAAAGCGCUUUGCAAUUGCCGCGAAGACUACAUGUUGCCUCUUGCCAAAGUUGGCAGUUUCCGCCUUCUUUGAGGGGCCGACCGCAGCAUUGACAGGGGCAAUCGCGGCUUAAUUGCGACAGAGUCCUUGUGUGAUUGGUGGGCAUCGGCUGACCAGCAACUGUGCUGGCAUCGGGUCCCGCUGUGUCUUUUCAGCUGGCUUUUUCUGUCUUCUGACCGCACAUCUACCUGGUGUGUACAUUACGGACCGGGGCUGCAAAAGAUGAGGGGAGUGAUGCCAAGUGCACUGAGCAGCCUCACGCCGUGUCUUCCGAUCCCGAGGCGACUGAGUACUUCGGUUGGAGGCGCUUCUGUGCUUCAGACUGGCUGAGCCGGUCCUUUUCUGGCCGAAAGUGCUGUGCAACGGCCAAGAGGUCUUCAUUUUGCCCCUCACCAAGUUGGCAGUUUCUAGUUCCAUUGAGGGGCCAAUCACAGCAUUCACAAGGACAAUUGCUGCUUGCGACAGAGUCCAUAGUACCUUGGCUUGCGUUUUGCUCGUCGCGCGAUUUGUGGGCAGCGGCUGACCAGCAACUGGCCAGGCAACGGGUCCCACAGUGCCUUUUCAGCUGCCACUUCCCGUCUUCUGACCGCACAUCUACGUAUAUGACCGGGGACCGUGUCUUCUGCCACUUCCCGUCUUCUGACCGCACAUCUACGUAUAUGACCGGGGACGCAAAUGAUGAGGGGAAUGACGGCAAUCGCUCUGAGCAGCCUCGCCCCAUUCGCGGACUGAGCUUGUCCGUUUCUUGCCAAAAGCGCUUUGAAUCGUCCAAGAAGGCUUCAAUUUGCCUCUCCCCAAGUUGGCAGUUUCCACUUCCUUCGAGGGCCGAUUGCAACAUUCACGAGGCAAUGGCGGCUUGCGACAGAGUCUCCAGUACCUUGGGCUUGCUUUGUUCGCUUGAUGUGUGCGUUUUGUGCAGCUCCAGCAAUUGGGCGCUGUACUGCACCGUGUCCUGCAGUGUGUCUUCUGACCGCACAGCUACCUGGUGUGUGUACAUGAUUGGGGCUGCAGAAAGAUGAGGGAGUGACUGCAGGUGCACCGAGCAGCCACCCCCUGUGUUUCGGAUCGGACAAGGAGGGCGCACGCUAGUGUCUAGUAUAUUAACGCCCGAUCUCCGGCUUUCAGAACCAUUGCGCAUGAGCACUUCGGUGGGUGCCGGGACAAUCGCAGCUUGCGACAGAGUCCAUACUACCCUGGCUCGCGUUUUGUCGUGCGAUUUGUGGGCGGCGGCCGACCAGUAACUGGGCAGGCAAUGAGUCCUGAUUGCCUUUUCAGUUGGCGCUUCCUGUGUUCUUACCGCGCAUCUGCCGGGUGUGCAAAAGUGACCGGGGCAGCAAGAAGAUCAGGGGAGACAGCAGUGCAAUCAAUGAGCAGCCUUGCCCCAUUAUGUGCGGAUCGCUGAAGGAGGGUGGGAGGCGCUUCCGUCGUUGAGACUGAGCUGGCCUUUUUGUGCAAAGUGCCUAGUAACUGCCAAGAAGCCUUGAUUUCGCCUCUGGCCGAAUUCGCAGUUUCUGCUUCUUUUGAGGGGCCGAUCGCAGUAUUCGCAAAGGCGAUCGCAGCUUGCGGCAACUGUUGUGACCGAAGCCGCAGUACCAUCGCUUAUGUUUUUUGGCUUCGUGUGCGAAUUUCUUGGCAGCGGCUGACAAGCAACUGGGCACUGUGUACACAGAUGAGGGGAGUGAGGACACGUGCACUGAGCAGCCUUGCCCCAGUUUAUGCAGCUGGUCCUUUUUUGACCGAAAGCGUUUUGCAACUGCUGCGAAGACUACAUGUUGCCUCUUGCCAAAGUUGGCAGUUUCCGCCUUCUUUGAGGGGCCGACCGCAGCAUUGACAGGGGCAAUCGCGGCUUAAUUGCGACAGAGCCCUUGUGUGAUUGGUGGGCAUCGGCUGACCAGCAACUGUGCUGGCAUCGGGUCCCGCUGUGUCUUUUCAGCUGGCUUUUUCUGUCUUCUGACUGCACAUCUACCUGGUGUGUACAUUACUGAUCGGGUCUGCAAAAGAUGAGGGGAGUGAUGCCAAGUGCACUGAGCAGCCUCACGCCGUGUCUUCCGAUCCCGAGGCGACUGAGUACUUCGGUUGGAGGCGCUUCUGUGCUUCAGACUGGCUAGCCGGUCCUUUUCUGGCCGAAAGUGCUGUGCAACGGCCAAGAGGUCUUCAUUUUGCCCCUCACCAAGUUGGCAGUUUCUAGUUCCAUUGAGGGGCCAAUCACAGCAUUCACAAGGACAAUUGCUGCUUGCGACAGAGUCCAUAGUACCUUGGCUUGCAUUUUGCUCGUCGUGCGAUUUGUGGGCAGCGGCUGACCAGCAACUGGCCAGGCAACGGGUCCCACAGUGCCUUUUCAGCUGCCACUUCCCGUCUUCUGACCGCACAUCUACGCAUAUGACCGGGGACGCAAAUGAUGAGGGAAUGACGGCAAUCGCAUCGAAGCAGCCUCGCCCCAUUCGCGGACUGAGCUUGUCCGUUUCUUGCCAAAAGCGCUUUGAAUCGUCCAAGAAGGCUUCAAUUUGCCUCUCCCCAAGUUGGCAGUUUCCACUUCCUUCGAGGGCCGAUUGCAACAUUCACGAGGCAAUGGCGGCUUGCGACAGAGUCUGCAGUACCUUGGGCUUGCUUUGUUCGCUUGAUGUGUGCGUUGUGUGCAGCUCCAGCAAUUGGGCGCUGUACUGCACCGUGUCCUGCAGUGUGUCUUCUGACCGCACAGCUACCUGGUGUGUGUACAUGAUUGGGGCUGCAGAAAGAUGAGGGAGUGACUGCAGGUGCACCGAGCAGCCACCCCCUGUGUUUCGGAUCGGACAAGGAGGGCGCACGCUAGUGUCUAGUAUAUUAACGCCCGAUCUCCGGCUUUCAGAGCCAUUGCGCAUGAGCACUUCGGUGGGUGCCGGGACAAUCGCAGCUUGCGACAGAGUCCAUACUACCCUGGCUCGCGUUUUGUCGUCGCGAUUUGUGGGCGGCGGCCGACCAGUAACUGGGCAGGCAAUGAGUCCUGAUUGCCUUUUCAGUUGGCGCUUCCUGUGUUCUUACCGCGCAUCUGCCGGGUGUGCAAAAGUGACCGGGGCAGCAAGAAGAUCAGGGGAGACAGCAGUGCAAUCAAUGAGCAGCCUUGCCCCAUUAUGUGCGGAUCGCUGAAGGAGGGUGGGAGGCGCUUCCGUCGUUGAGACUGAGCUGGCCUUUUUGUGCAAAGUGCCUAGUAACUGCCAAGAAGCCUUGAUUUCGCCUCUGGCCGAAUUCGCAUUUAUGCAGCUGGUCCUUUUUUGACCGAAAGCGUUUUGCAACUGCUGCGAAGACUACAUGUUGCCUCUUGCCAAAGUUGGCAGUUUCCGCCUUCUUUGAGGGGCCGACCGCAGCAUUGACAGGGGCAAUCGCGGCUUAAUUGCGACAGAGCCCUUGUGUGAUUGGUGGGCAUCGGCUGACCAGCAACUGUGCUGGCAUCGGGUCCCGCUGUGUCUUUUCAGCUGGCUUUUUCUGUCUUCUGACUGCACAUCUACCUGGUGUGUACAUUACUGAUCGGGUCUGCAAAAGAUGAGGGGAGUGAUGCCAAGUGCACUGAGCAGCCUCACGCCGUGUCUUCCGAUCCCGAGGCGACUGAGUACUUCGGUUGGAGGCGCUUCUGUGCUUCAGACUGGCUAGCCGGUCCUUUUCUGGCCGAAAGUGCUGUGCAACGGCCAAGAGGUCUUCAUUUUGCCCCUCACCAAGUUGGCAGUUUCUAGUUCCAUUGAGGGGCCAAUCACAGCAUUCACAAGGACAAUUGCUGCUUGCGACAGAGUCCAUAGUACCUUGGCUUGCAUUUUGCUCGUCGUGCGAUUUGUGGGCAGCGGCUGACCAGCAACUGGCCAGGCAACGGGUCCCACAGUGCCUUUUCAGCUGCCACUUCCCGUCUUCUGACCGCACAUCUACGUAUAUGACCGGGGACGCAAAUGAUAUUCUGCUUCUUUUGAGGGGCCGAUCGCAGUAUUCGCAAAGGCGAUCGCAGCUUGCGGCAACUGUUGUGAC